CCACCUCCUCUACCACCUUCUAGUAGGUGCAAUGUCUUCAUUCCCAUCGUCACCAAAUCCCAACACACUAGCGCAAUAUCAAAGCCCUCAAAAUGUUCAAAACACUCCGACACCCCCUGGUCCUCACGCUCAACAACAGCAACAACAACUGGCUUCCUCCUCUAUGCCGCCACCCUCAGCACCUGCCUCUAGACCAACCGAUCCAACUGACCUCGCAGACGCCUUAACUUCCGCCGGUAUCGAUCUUAAGGAGGAAGAAGCUCGCCUCCAUAUCGAAUCAAAUGUUUCAUCUCUUCCUGAAGAUCAGGCAAUUCGCAUCGUCCAACGCCGCUAUGCCGAAUCCCGUGCAAACCAUCUCAACAACCCCUUCCUCGAGGCACCCGUUCUCGCGAAUCGGCUGCUUCGUAAGACCCGUGAAGCGCACUGUCAACCAUUCACCCUUACAAACAGUGCCGGUCAUGCGAUGACGACCGGCACCCAGGCCGACACUGUUGCACUUUUGAGUCUUGCAGCUAGGGAGAGGGUGAAUCAGAUUCUUACUAGGGCCAUUGUGCUCGCGAGAUCACGGAGAAAGGCUACGAAUGUUGUCAUCGGGGAUUGGGCAGAUGCUGUUAAGGAUGCUACUCCCGAUAACCAGGACAGCAUCGUCUCCCCUCAUACAAGUAAUUUGAAGAGGUCUUUUUCUGCGAUUGGCGGGCUACCUCCUACCCCCAACCCAGCUAUUGCUACAACUACACUCACAAAUGAGGCGGCAAAGGCGUUGCGCAAAUUGCAACAGGACGAGUAUGCCAAAGAAUUGGAGCGUCUUCAUAAGAAGGCCAAAAAGAAUGGCGAUCCCAUCACCGGGCAACUCGCCACCGGUGCAAUCCCUUCGACACCAGGCACUCCCUCCGCGAUGAGUUUCGCCGAAUCCGGCCCUCCCACUCCCGGAGCAGACUACAUGGGUGAUCGGAAAUUCACGGCGAAGGAGAGCAAAAAGGCGCGAGAGACAAAACUCGACGAAGCACAGACACAUAGGGCCGCGAAUAGCACGGCGAAUCUUAUGAUGAGCAAAAUAGGAUUUGGUCACGGAAAGAAAAAGAAAACCUAUGCUUGGAUGGCGAAUCACGGUAACACUGCGGGCGCUUCUGUUUUGACAUCUCGACGUGCCGCUGAUGGGGAUAACCUUGGUGGCACUAUUGAUGGUACUGGCGCUGGCGGUGGGGGGCAGCAACGCUGGAACAGUGGACAGAGGCUUGGGGCGUGGAGGGAAGAUGGAGAGAGAGGCGGUGGUGUACAGUUGAGGGAUUGGAUUGGGGCGUUGGAAGGUGAUGGCAGGGGGAUCAAAAAGGGUUUAGUCAAGUCCUAUCUUCAAAUGAAGUAAACGGAAUGUUUGAAUUUGCAUGGGGGGCUGUGUACUAAUAAAAAUGUUUCUGAUGCACCAUUCCCCUAUUAUUACCUGUCUUUUAAUCUCUUUUGCUUGUGGAGUUUGGGAAAUUGGGGGUUGGGUAGGGGUUAGAGAUUAUUCAAAUGAAUAGCUUUCAAAGUCACUUCUGUGGUUGGGUGUUUUAUUGUUAUUCCUUUU